AUGGGAAGGAAAUUGAAGGGUAAGAUUGGUUCCAAGAAUCUUAAAUCAUCACUUUUAAGACAUCAGCAUAAAGAACAAUUAUUAAAGAAAAAUAAAAACAAAAUUGAAAAUAAACAAAAACCUAAGAUCCCAACGAAGGUUAAGCAGAAUCAGCAACUACAAAAAGAAAAUGAAGAAAAAUAUAUUCCUUUUGGAAAGGAAGAAACUUUGCUCUUAAUUGGUGAAGGUGAUUUUUCAUAUGCUAGAUCAAUUAUCGAACAAGAGUAUAUUUUACCAAAAAAUUUAAUUGUAACAAGUUAUGAUGCAUCAAUUCAAGAAUUAAAAUUGAAAUACCCACAUAGUUUUGAAGAAAACUACAAAUUUUUAAUAGAGAAUGGGGUGCUGAUUUUUUUCAGAAUUGAUGCAACAAAUUUAAUUAAAAGUUUCAAGAUUUCCAAGAAAAUGCCAUGGAAAAAAAUAAUGAUGAAUUAUGGUCAUCCUGAGUUAUCCAACAAGGUGGUACAAAAUAUAAUGUUUAACUUUCCACAUACAGGUAAGGGUGUCAAGGACAUGGACAGAAAUAUCAGAGACCAUCAAGAAUUGAUAUACAAAUAUUUUUCUAAUUGUAAGGACUUAUUCUCUAAUAUUAACUCUACAAUUAUUAAUUCUAGAAAUAGUUAUACCCAAGGUUAUUCUUUGGAUUCCAAUGGCUCAAAUGGAAGUGGAUAUGAUAAACUGACUGAGGAGGGAUUUGGUAAAAUUAUUUUAUCAGUGUUUACUGGUGAACCAUAUGAUCUAUGGCAAGUUAGAACUUUAGCCAAGGACAAUGGAUUAAAAGUUGAGAGAUCUAACAAAUUUCAAUGGGAAAAUUAUCCUGAGUAUCAUCACAGAAGAACAAAUAGUGAACAAGAUACUACAAAACGUGCUGAAGAAAGAGAAGCAAGAAUAUAUGUAUUCGAAAAAUUUGUUAAAAAUAAGAAUUUGAGAAAAUCUAAAAAGGGCAAAGAUUCAGAUAGUGAUGAUGAAUAG